GUCGUCUCUUUUGGGGGCUCGCUCUCUCUCUCUCUCUCUCUCUCUCUCUCUCUCUUCUGCGAUCGCUCUCUCCGCAUCGUUGUUAAAAAGUUUUGACGUCGAAUCGCACGUUUCCAGAGAGAAGAAAGUGAGGGGGGGAAAGGGGGCUUUCGAUUUCUCUGCGGAGCGAAGCGAUCUUCGUACGGAGGGCGGCGACAAUGGACGAGAAUUCAGCUCUGAUACAGCAGAUUCUGAGGGAGCAGCAGGAGGAGGAGGGCCAGGUUGUCAAUCGGCCCUCGAACCACAAGGAGAAGGACGAAAGCCACGGGUGGCAGACCGUCUCCUACCCCAAGCGCCACCGGAAGGCCGCGAAACCCCAGCCGGAGAGGCCCGGCCACGACGCCCGCCCCAACGGCGACGCCGACGUUUUCCGAUCGAUCGAGCUGCAUGCCGAGGAGCGGCACCGCCGAGUCGUCGAGUCUCGGUUGGCCGCCGCCGCCGCCGCCGCCGCGGCUGUGGGCGCCGGCGGAUCGAGGCGGGUCUCCGACGACGAGGACGAUAGCGAUACGGAGGUCGCUGGCGCGGUCGAGAACGGCGGUGGCCAGGCGAGGAAGGUGAGGCCAAAGAAGCCGAAGAAGCCGAAGGUCACGGUGGCUGAGGCGGCUGCUAAGAUCGACGCGGGCCAUCUCAGUGCAUUCCUCGCUGACAUAACGGCAUCGUAUGAAUCGCAGCAGGAUAUACAACUGAUGCGGUUUGCCGAUUACUUUGGUCGCGCAUUUGCCUCGGUGGGCUCUGCACAAUUCCCUUGGCUGAAGAUAUUCAAGGAGUCUUCUGUGGCGAAGUUGGUUGAUAUCCCUCUGGCUCAUAUCUCAGAAGAUGUCUAUACGACAUCGGUUGAUUGGCUCAGCCAGAAAACCCCUGAAGCACUUGGUUCCUUUGUAUUAUGGUUGCUUGAUAGCAUUCUCGCUGAUCUGACCAGUCAUCUUGGAGCUGUUAAGGGAUCCAAAAAGGUGGUUCAGCCAGCACCAUCUAAGUCUCAGGUCGCCAUUUUUGCUGUUUUGGCAAUGUUGGUGAGGCGAAAACCUGAUGCAUUGAUUUGUUUGCUGCCUGUGGUGAAGGAAAAUUCCAAAUAUGUGGGUCAAGAUAAGCUUCCGGUCAUUGUUUGGGCGAUUCUUCAGGCCUCCCAAGGAGAUUUGGUUGUGGGCUUGUACAUGUGGGUUCAUCUUCUCCUGCCCCUUCUAUGCGGCAAAUCUUGCAAUCCACAGUCCAGAGACUUGAUUUUACAGCUAGUUGAAAGAAUGUUAUCCUCCCCAAAAGCCCGUCCGAUUAUCUUAAAUGGUGCAGUCAGGAAAGGCGAACGCUUAAUACCACCAGCAUCUCUUGAUCAAUUGAUGAAAGUCACUUUCCCAGCACCUUCAACUCGUGUAAAGGCAACCGAGAGGUUUGAGGCGAUUUAUCCAACUUUAAAAGAGGCUGCCCUUGCUGGCUCACAUGGAAGCAAAGCAAUGAAGCAGGUAGCCCUGCAGAUCUCAAAUUAUGCAUUCAAAUCUGCUGGAGAAGGAAUCCCUGAUUUAUCCAAUGAAGCUAGUAACAUUUUCAUUUGGUGUUUGAGUCAAAAUAACGAAUGUUACAAGCUCUGGGAGAAGCUUUAUCUGGAUAAUCUGGACACGAGUGUCCUUGUUCUGAAGAAGUUGUCUGAUGACUGGAGAGUCCACUCAUCUAAGCAACCUAGUCUUGAUCCUUUGAGAGAAACUUUAAAGCUUUUCAGGCAGAAGAAUGAGAAAGCUUUGGCAAAGGAAGACGAUGUUGAUCGCCAUGCAUUAAUCAAAGAUGCUGACAAGUACUGCAAAAGCAUGCUGGGGCGGUUGUCGAAGGGCCCCGGAUGUGUGAAGUCUCUGAUGGUCCUUGCAAUCCUGGCCCUCAUUGCUGCAGUUGUCUUCCAGAAUAUGCAAUCCUGGGACUUGAACAAACUGCUCGAGAAAUUCAACCUCCCCAAAAACUUCUAACUCCCUCACAGACUGGCUGUUGGUCAGAGGACAGGUUCAACAACUAUAACGGUAGUUACGAGGCAUAGAUUAUUGCAAAGUUGCCCAUGAAACGAUGGGCCGAGGAUGAAUUCUCUCCAAUAUUAUAAGAUCUUGUUUGGGUCCAAAGCAAAGUCGUACUAGUGACAGUAGCCAAAUUUUGUUGGCUGACCCCUUUUACAGAGAGUUUGUGGAUUUUGGUUGCCUAAGUUCUUCUAGUUUUGCGGUAGAUUCACAAUAAGCGGUGACUAAUUUAUGGUGCUUUGUUCAUUACGUUGGGGUUUUGAGUUUUUAUUGAAUCGGCACAGAGGAAGGAGAAUGAAAAUGUUUGGCCAAGGUUAUUUAUCA